AUGUCCUCAGUGCUCGUUGGCGGUACAGAUGUUGCUGCAGGUGCAGCCCAGGCAGCUUCACUCAGUAGUAACAGCAAAUAUCGCUCCUAUGUUGCGGCGGUCGACAAGGCACUGAAAGCUUUUGAAGCAACCAAUGAAUGGGCCGACUUGAUCUCAGCACUCGAAAAGCUCAAGCGGGUAUUUCAAGCAAAUGCAAAAUUCGGUGAUAUCCCAAAGGCGGUGACAGUGGCAAAGCGUCUUUCGCAAUGCCUUCAUCCGGCCCUCCCACACGGCGUCCAUCUAAAAGCGCUGGCAACGUAUCAGCAACUUUUCGAUAUCCUUGGCCGCAAAGAUCUUCCCGAAUUACUUUAUCUUUUCGCUGUUGGACUUUUUCCG